UCCGUCCCUCUAGCGCGUUCUCUCAUUGUCGUUUGCCUCUCGUCUGCCGCCUCUCUCUCUCGUCGUCGGUUCUCUGUUCCAGCCGAAAUGAAGCACAACAACGUCAUUCCCAACGGUCACUUCAAGAAGCAUUGGCAGAACUACGUGAAGACAUGGUUCAACCAGCCUGCCAGGAAAACCAGAAGAAGGAUCGCAAGACAGGAAAAGGCAGUGAAGAUCUUCCCUCGUCCCACUGCUGGACCCCUUCGCCCCGUCGUGCGUGGACAGACCCUCAAGUACAACAUGAAAGUUAGAGCUGGCAGAGGAUUUACCCUUGAAGAGCUCAAGGCUGCUGGUAUCCCAAAGAAGCUGGCUCCAACCAUCGGUAUCGCAGUUGAUCACCGCCGCAAGAACCGUUCCUUGGAGGGACUCCAGACAAAUAUCCAAAGGCUGAAGACAUACAAGGCUAAGCUGGUCAUAUUCCCACGCCGUGCGCGCAAAUUCAAGGCUGGUGACUCUGCUCCAGAGGAGCUUGCGAAUACAACGCAAGUCCAAGGAGAUCACAUGCGGAUUGGGAGGGAAAAGGUGGCAGUGGACCUUGUUAAGGUCACCGAGGACAUGAAGUCGUCCAUGGCAUAUGGCAAGAUCAGACUCGAGCGGACAAACCAACGCCAUGUGGGAGCCAGAGCCAAGAGGGCUGCCGAGGCCGAGAAGGAAGAGAAGAAGUAAAAAGACCUGCUCGGUUUUAGUUAUAAUCUUUGUCGUUCAGUUUUCUGUUCUGAAUUUUGUGUCGGAUUGCAUUCUCUCUUCAUGUUUUUUCCAUUUUCUCCUUUUGCCGAAAGAUUAUGAGUUUUCCAUUUACUUAUCAGACUACGUCGUAUUUUCGUACCAUUAUCGCAUGAAUGAUCGGAGGUAACAGACUAUAUUUGUAUU